CGGGCACCUGCCAGGGGAGCCCGUGGUGUGAGCGCCGUGCGCAGAUUCCUGCGAGUUUUGGAAGGCGUGCAGCAGGAGGAUGGAGAGCAAGCCAGCAGUGAAUGGCCAGGCUGUUCCCAGCUCUCCCGGGGCAGACGUGUCAGGGACAAACCACUUGUGCCAGGACGUGAUGCCGUGCAAACAGCAAAAAGCAGCUGGCAGGGAUGCGGGGCCGGAUGCUCCCGGGGAGCCCUCGGAGACAGCUGGCAGCAUUGCAGGCGUCUACGUAGAGGCUUCAAAGAGGAUAAUGAGCUUUUAUGAGGCCACCAGAGAGCACCUGCUGAGCCUGGAUUCGGCCCUCUCCCUCCUCGAGGCGCAGGCAGCCACGGGCUCCAUCUCCGACCCGCUGAGCCGCCGCCGUGUCCCCGUGGCAGAAGCCGUGCGGAUGGGGCUGGUGGGGCUGGAGCUGAAGGAGCGGCUGCUCUCGGCUGACAGAGCUGCUACUGGCUUCGUGGACCCCUACACAGAAGAGAAAAUCUGCCUCUACCAGGCCAUCCAGAAGGAGCUGGUGGGGAGGGAGCAGGGCAUUCGCCUGCUCCAAGCCCAGAUGGCGACGGGAGGCGUCAUCGACCCGGCCACCGGCGACCGGCUCCCGGCAGGUGUGGCCUGUGAGAGGGGAUGUUUGGAUGAAGAGAUGAGCCAGCUCGUCUCUGACCCCAGCAAUGAGGACAGCAAGGUGUUCCUUGACCCCAGCACCACGGAGAAGGUCACUUACUCGGAGCUGAGGAAGAGGUGCGUUGUGGAUCCAGCCUCAGGCUUCCUCCUCUUGCCGCUGCAAAUCACAUUCCCGGGGCUGGGAGGGAGGGUGAGCAGCAGGCACCUGAUGGACUCUGGCAUCAUCAGCCUUGAUGUGUUCCGAGGCCUCGAGGAGGGAAGCAUCUCUGCCCAGGACGUGGCGGAGAACGACAUUGUUCAGCACUUCCUGCGUGGGACGAGGAGCGUGGCUGGCGUUGUCCUGCCUUCCGGGGAGCAGAAAAGCCUUUACCAGGCACUGAGGGAGCAUCUCCUGGUCCCUGGUGCUGCUCUCAUGCUCCUGCAAGUCCAGGCCUCCACCGGCAGCCUGACAGACCCCCUAAAGAACAAAAGCUACUCCGUGGAUGAGGCUGUCAGGGUUGGUCUCAUUGGCCCAGAGCUUUAUGAGAAGCUGUCUUCAGCUGAGAAAGCCAUCACUGGAUACAGGGACCCCUCCACCGGAGAAAUGCUCUCCCUGUUCCAAGCCAUCAGGAAGGGCUUUGUCCCCAGGGAUCAUGGCCUUUGCCUUCUGGAGGCUCAGCUGGCCACGGGGGGUGUCAUCGCCCCGGGCAGGCACCUCCGUGUCCCCAUGGAGACAGCCUGCGAGUGGGGCUACCUGGACGAGGCCACCAGGCAGCUCCUGUCCAGCCCCCCCGAGGACACGAAGGGGUUCUUCGACCCUGGCUCCAAGGAGAAGCUGAGCUACGCAGAGCUGCUCCAGCGCUGCCUCACCGACCCCAGCACGGGGCUCCUGCUGCUGCCGCUCGCUGGGGACGGCAGCGAAGGCUCCCAGGGGACACUCGGCUUCUUCGACCACAGGACCCAGACAGCUCUGGAAAACACAGAGGUGCCUGUUGCUGUGGGGAAAUUCAAGGGCAAGUCGGUGUCCCUGUGGAAACUGCUCUUCUCUGACUACAUGCAGGGUGAGCAAAGAGCUGUGCUGGCCCAGCAGUUCCUGGCAGGAACGCUCUCCCUGCAAGGACUGGGAGAGGCCAUCAGAGCCGCCGUUGAGGAAAAGGCUGCCACUGCUAAUGUCACCUUCAAGGGCCUCAGGGAGCAGGUGACGGCUGACCAGCUCCUGAGCUCAGAAAUUAUCAACAAGGACUUGUUCAAGAAACUCAAGGAGGGAGAAACAUCGGCCAAAGAAGUGGUCAGCAUGGACACCGUCAGGAAGUACCUGCAGGGCACGGGAAGCAUCGGAGGGCUGCUGCUCCCUGACUCCCAGGAGAAGAUCAGCAUCUACCAGGCAAAGCGGAAGGGACUCCUCAGGCCGGGAACGUCUCUGAUUCUCCUGGAGGCACAGGCAGCCACGGGGUUUGUCAUCGACCCAGCUGCCAACAAGAGGUACUCUGUGGAUGAGGCUUUACGGGCAAACGUCAUCGGCCCGGAUGUUUACGACAAGCUGCUGGCUGCAGAGAAAUCUGUCACUGGCUACCGAGAUCCUUACUCAGGGGAUAAGAUCUCCCUCUUCCAGGCCAUGCAGAAGGAGCUGAUAGUCAGGGACCACGGCAUCCGCCUGCUCGAGGCCCAGAUCGCCACCGGUGGCAUCAUCGAUCCUGUCAACAGCCACCGCAUCCCUGUGGAGGUGGCCUACAAGCGUGGCUACUUCGACAAGAAGAUGAAUUUAAUCCUCUCCGACCCCAGUGACGACACCAAGGGCUUCUUCGACCCCAACACCCACGAGAACCUGACGUACCUGCAGCUGAAGGAGAAAUGCAUCACCGAGCCCUCCACCGGGCUCUGCCUCCUCCCUCUGAACAGCAGGAAGAGGCAGUUCAUCGACGAGGCCACCAGGCAGGUGUUCAGGAGCUCCUGGCUGCCCGUCAGGUUUGGGCGCUUGCGGGGGGAGAAGGUCUCCGUGUGGGACCUGCUGAACUCUGAGUACUUCAGCGAGGGGAGACGCCGGGAGAUUUUCAACCACUUCCAGCUGAGGAAGAUCAGCCUGGAGCAAAUCCGGCUCAUGCUGGAGGAGGAAAUGAAGAAAUGGGCCCCCAUCAAAUUCCUGGCCAUAAGAGGCAAUGUCAGUGCUUAUCACCUGAUGGAAACUGGUGUCAUCGACAGGGCCCUGUUUGAGCAGGUGCUGGAGGGAUCCGUCACCCCAGAACAAGUCCUGCACAUGGACUCUGUCAGGAAGUACCUCUACGGCUCGGGCAGCAUCGGGGGGAUCGUGCUCCAGCCAUCCAACCAGAGAAUGAGCAUUUAUGAGGCCAUGAAGCAGAACAUCGUGGUGCCAGGAGUGGCCCUGCCUCUGCUGGAGGCCCAGGCUGCCACGGGCUUCAUUAUUGACCCUGUGAACAACCAGAAGCUCUGCGUGGAUGAGGCUGUCAAGGAGGGAGUCAUUGGGCCAGAUGUCCACGAGAAGCUGCAGCAGGCGGAAGGGGCCGUGACAGGCUAUAAAGACCCUUUCACGGGCAAGAAGAUCCCCCUUUUCCAGGCGAUGAAGAAGGGCCUGAUCGCGGAUAAACAGGCCAUGCAGCUCAUGGAGGUGCAGAUGGCCACAGGAGGCAUCAUCGACCCAACGUGUGGCCACCACAUCCCCCUGGAGUCGGCCCAGCAGCGAGGCUGCCUGGAUGAGGACACCAGCAAGGCCCUUUCCAAGCCCAGCGAUGACCACAGAGUCUUCUGCCUCCCGGACAGCAAGGAGAGCGUGACCUAUGCCGAGCUCAUCCAGCACUGCCAGAAGGACGACGUCUCCGGCUUCCACUUGCUGCCUCUGGCACAGACAGCUGCUCCUGCCUACACUGACGAGCAAAUCCAAAGGAUUUUCAAGGAAACCAUGGUGAAGGAAAAAGGAGUCUCCCUCUGGGAGCUCGUGCACUCGGGGUAUUUCACUGAGGAGCAGAGGAGCGACUUCAUGGAGAGGUUCCGGUCAGAGGAGCUGUCGCUGGAGCAGCUGGUGGCUCUGGUGCUCAGGCUGGUGGGGGAGAUGGAGAUGAAAGCCAGGACCCAGAUCUCCCUGGAAGGCCUGAGGGGCAGUGUCCCUGUGGUCUGGCUGCUGGACACAGGCAUAAUUUCUGAGAAGAUGUUUGAAGAACUGGCUCAGGGUGUAAAAACUCCCGAAGAGGUGGCUGAAAUGGAGAGCGUAAAGAGGUAUUUGAAGGGCACAGGCAGCAUUGCUGGGGUCUUCAUAGAGGCAUCCAAACAGAAGAUGAGUUUCUAUGACGCCAUGAAAAACAAUCUCCUCCUCCCUGGGGCUGCUCUGAGGCUGCUCGAGGCUCAGGCAGCCACAGGAUGCCUGACUGACCCUGCCACAAACCGGAGGCUCAGCGUGAGGGACGCCGUGAGAGCGGCUGUUGUUGGAGAGGAGCUUACUGAGAAACUCCUUCUGGCUGAGAGGGCUGUGACUGGCUACACAGACCCCUACACUGGGAGCUCCAUCUCCCUCUGCCAAGCACUCAGGAAGGAGCUCAUCCCCCUGGCAGAGGCCGUGCCUUUGCUGGAGGCCCAGCUGGCCACGGGAGGGGUGGUUGAUCCCAUCCACCACCUCCACCUGCCGCUCCAGGCUGCCUGCAGGUAUGGCUUCUAUGACGAGGACCUGAACCAAACCCUCUCCCAGCUGGAUGACAGCACCAAGACCUUUUUUGACCCAAACACCAAGGAGAACGUGACCUACCAGCAGCUGAAGGACCGAUGCAUUCGUGAGGCCGAGUCGGGUCUGUGGCUCCUCCCUCUGUCAGAAAACGCGAUGUUCUGCGUGGACGAACAGACCAUGAAGGUGCUGAAAUCUGUGACUGUUUGUGUCAACGUGGGGCGGUUCAAAGGACAGACUGUGUCUGUCUGGGACCUCCUCAACUCCGAAUACUUCUCAGACAGCCAGAGAAGAGAGCUGGUGCAAAAGUACAAAGAUGAGAAGGCUGAAGUGCUGCAGGAAAUCACAACAGUUAUCACCACAAUAAUCCAAGAGACUGAGGCACAGGGCAAGAAAUUUGCAUUCAAGGGCCUGAGGAAAAGAGUGUCGGCCAGUGACCUCUUCCAGUCCCAGCUGAUAGACAAAAAAACCCUUGAUGAGCUCAACCAGGGGAAGAAAACAGUCAAAGAAGUGACUGAAAUGGAGUCUGUCCGCAGGUACCUGGAGGGCAGUAAUUUCAUAGCAGGGGUCCUUAUCCAGCCAAGCAAUGAGAAGAUGAGCAUCUACCAGGCCAUGUGGAAGGGCAUCCUGAGGCCAGGGACAGCCCUGGUGCUGCUGGAGGCACAGGCAGCCACCGGCUACAUCAUCGACCCUGAGAAAAACAAGAAGUUUUCGGUGGAGGAAGCAUUAGAGGUGGGUCUGAUUGGAGGGGAGAUUUUUGAAAAGCUGCUCUGUGCGGAGCGGGCCGUGACAGGCUACACUGACCCCUACACCAAAGCUCCAAUGUCCCUGUUUGAAGCCAUGAACCAAGGGCUGAUUGUGAAAAGCCACGGCAUCCGCCUGCUCGAGGCCCAGAUCGCCACCGGCGGCAUCAUCGACCCCGUGCACAGCCACCGUGUCCCUGUGGAGGUGGCCUACAAGCGUGGUUACUUCAACGAGGAGAUGAACCAGAUCCUCUCUGACCCCAGUGAUGACACCAAGGGCUUCUUCGACCCCAACACCCACGAGAACCUGACAUAUAUGCAGCUCCUGGAGAGAUGUGUCCAAGACCCGGAGACUGGGCUGUACAUGCUGCAAGUUGUAAAGGAGGGAGGAAAAUACUUCUACAUUGAUGAGUCCACAAAACAGGCUUUGCGCUCAAAGCCCCUUCAAGUGAAAGUUGGAAAGUUUAAGGAUCAAACCGUUUCUGUCUGGGAAGUCCUCUGCUCUCACUACAUCUCAGAGCAGAAGAGGAGAGAGCUGGUGAUGCAGUACAAAAGCAAAACCCUAGCGCUGGAAGAGCUGAUAUCCCUCAUCUUAAAAAUCAUUGAGGACACAGAGCGAAGAGGAGAAGCCCUCAAGGUCAAAGGACUGCGGGGGGAGGUGUCGGUAUCAGAAUUGUUCAACUCUGAGAUAAUUGACAAGAAAACUCUGGAUCAGCUGCAGGACGGCAGUCUCACACUUGCCAGCCUCACGGAGAGAGACACCAUCCAAAGGUACCUGGACGGCACUGGGUGCAUCGCUGGGGUUCUCCUCCCGCUGAGGAAAGAGGUGAUGAGCAUCUACCAGGCACUGAAGGAAGGCCUCCUUACAGAGCAAUGUGCCCUGGGGCUGCUGGAGGCACAGGCAGCCACCGGCUUCCUCCUUGACCCCCGGAACCACCAGAAGCUCUCUGUGGACGAGGCCGUGUCCUCUGGGCUGGUGGGAAGCGAGCUGCGCGAGCAGCUGCUGUCAGCAGAGAAAGCCGUGACGGGAUAUACAGAUCCUCAAACAGGAGGUAAAAUAUCUCUCUUCCAGGCUGUAAGACAGAAGAUAAUUGUCAGGGAUCGCGGCAUCCGCCUGCUCGAGGCCCAGCUCGCCACUGGUGGCAUCAUUGACCCCUGGCAUGGCCACCGCCUGCCCGUGGAAGUGGCCUACAAGCGUGGGCACCUGGAUGAGGACAUGUUCCUCCUGCUUUCGGAUCCAGAUCACGGGAUCAAAGGCUUUAUAGAUCCAAACACUCACGAGAAGAUCAGUUACAACCAGCUCCUGCAGAGGUGUGCCAAAGACAGGGAGAGCGGCUUGUACCUGCUGCAGGUCCUGGAAAAGGAAGGCGACUAUUUCUACAUUGAUGAGCAAACCAAAAAUGCCCUGAUGUGCACCAAGGUCCAGGUGCCUGUGGGAAAAUACAAGGGACAAGUGUUAUCACUGUGGGAGCUUCUCUGCUCCGAGUACAUCACAGAGGAGAAAAGAAAAGAACUGGUGAAAAAGUACAAAGUGGAAUCCCAACACAUUGUGCAAGGAAUCAUUGAAACAAUACUAAAGAUCAUUAGGGAAAAAGAAGAGGACAGAAGAGAUGUCUGGUUCCAGGGAAUCCGACAGCAAAUUACGGCAUCAGAACUGCUCAGUGCACAAAUAAUUACAGAGGAAACAAUAGAAAAACUCAAAGAAGGAAAAGAGACGGCACAAGAAAUAGCAAAAAUGGACAGUGUGAGGAGGUACCUUGAGGGAACUGGAAGCAUUGCUGGAGUGCUGGUGCCCUCCAAAACCGAGCCAGGCAAGAAGGAGAAGAUGAGCAUCUACCAGGCCAUGUGGAAGGGCAUCCUGAGGCCAGGGACAGCCCUGGUGCUGCUGGAGGCCCAGGCAGCCACCGGCUUCAUCGUUGAUCCGGUCAAGAACCAGAAGCUCUCUGUGGAAGAGGCUGUGUCCUCUGGGCUGGUGGGCAGUGAACUGAAAAACAAACUUCUAAGCGCUGAGAGAGCUGUGACAGGCUACACCCACCCCUAUACAGGACAAAAGAUCUCCCUGUUCCAGGCCAUGAAGAAGGAGCUGAUCGUCAGGGACCACGGCAUCCGCCUGCUCGAGGCCCAGAUCGCCACCGGCGGCAUCAUCGACCCCGUGCACAGCCACCGUGUCCCCGUGGAGGUGGCCUACAAGCGUGGCUACUUUGACCAGGAGAUGAACCAGAUCCUGUCUGAUCCCGGCGACGACACCAAGGGCUUCUUCGACCCCAACACCCACGAGAACCUGACGUACCUGCAGCUGCUGCGCCGCUGCGUGCCCGACCCGGACACGGGGCUUUAUUUCCUCAACAUUUUUAGAAAAUAAUUGCAAAACCUUUUUAUUUUUUUCCUUGUUUGUGCCUUGCGGAAGAAUGUUGCUUUUAUGAAUAAUUCUUUUGCUUGUGGUGUUUUUUUUUGUUUUUCUAUAUUUUUUUACCAUUUAUGUUCCCAGUGAGGGAAUUUCCUUCACCAUCUCUUUUCUUUACCACCACCCACCUACAUCAGGUGCAGCUUUGAAGUGCCUCCCCCUGAGCAGUGUUGUUGCAUUGCAUUGUUCAUCUUUCCUUGGUCGCCUUUCAGGAACAGAGGAGUCAGCCUGGGUUAUCUCAGGUCAUUUUGGUGAAGUGUGUCAUCCUCAUUUUCCUCACACAGGUUUAACUGCAGGUCUUUGUUCCUUAUGGGUGCUGCUGUGAGUGGUAUUUUUAUUCUCUGCCUGUAUUUUCCUGCAUAUGCCAGCUAUUUUCCUCAGAAGCUUUGCGCGAUAAUUUUCAGGUUUCAGGUUUUCAAGCCAGGAAAGUGUCAAGAGCAGAUUUCUGCGUGGGCAGGAUGCCAGGCUUUUGUUGGGUGUCACUGGUGUUGGACACAUCAUCUGUGUUUGCUUUCCAUGCCCCAGCUUGUCCUGCCUUUCUGGGGGUGUCUGGAGUACAAACAGCCUCAGCCCAGAGUGGUUUGGUCUCUCGCUUUCUUUUCCUCCCUCUUUGAAGCCUCUGUGGGGAUGGAUCCUCACAGCAGCUGGGAGUGGACAUGGCUGUGCCGUACUUUUAGUCUCUCCAUCCACAGGGGAGCCUCUGCUCCCUCCUGCUCCUUUUGCCCUCCCGUGUCCUGAGCUGACUCAGCCACAUGCCACAGGAGAGGAACAGCCCUGGAGCCACUCUUCCGUGCAGUUCAGGGAUGAAUAAUUCUACUGCUGUUUAAUGGAAGGAAAUUCACCCUCCUUAAAUGUGCUGCCUUGGGGUGUUUGUGUUAAUUAACCUGGUAAUGUCCUGGAAAAUGGAUUUUGGCCACAAGCUUGUACAGCUAAUGCCUGCAAACAAGCGUAGAGGAGCUGUGGGGCCCAGAGAAUUGCAGGGGCUCGGAAAAGGAGGGGACAAAUUAAUGGGAGAAGUCACAGAACCAUGGAAUGGUUUGGGUGGGAAGGGGACUUCUCAUCCGACCCUCUGCCACGACAGGGACAACUUCCACUGUCCCAGGUUGCUCCAAGCCCUGUCCAGCCUGGCUUUGGACACUUCCAGGGAUCCAGGGGCAGCCACAGCUGCUCUGGACACCCUGCGCCAGGGCCUGCCCACCCUCACAGGAAACAAUUCCUCCUAAUAUCUAACCUACACCUACGUUCUUCCAAUUUGAAGCCAUUCCCUGGUUCUGUGGAGUCAGGGGUGGAAAGAAAGACUCCAGUCUUCGGGUAGAUCAGAAGACUCAAGAACAAUCUUUAUUAGCAAGAAGCAGUGAGUUUUAUAGUUCACUCGCUAAGUGGGACCGGAUUGGUCUCAAAGUAGAAAACACCUUACUGGUGACUAUGAAUAACACACUGCAAAGAACCAUAACUAUAAACAAUGGUUACAGAAAGAGAGAUAAUAGUUGUUUGAAUUCUUUCAUCUAAGAUUCCCAGGCUCAGCCUGGGAGAAAUUGUUUCUGUUCUUUCUUCGACUGAACUGAAAAUAUCCACAAUUCCCCUUUGUCCUGUCACUCCAGGCCUUUAUCCCAAGUCCUUCUCCAGCUCCCUUACAGCCCCCUUUAGCUACUGGAAACCCACAAUAACAUCUCCCAGGAGUUUUCUCAUUGUGGAAAUCCGAUUCUCCCUUCCACGGAGGCAAAAGGGGGUGCCGGGUCCCUGGACUGUGUCUGUAACAUCCCACUGUGCCGGUGCCAGGGCGGUGCCAGUGUGGUGUCCCCACGGCUGCUGCAUUGGGACACAGUUUGGGACCCUCUCAAGGCAGGGCACGAGCCUCCCUGGGCUCUGGCAGCCCCUGGAGCAGGCAGUGCUGAGAUGAAGCCUCCAGGACAUUAAACGCCAGCCAGGAGUGCCAGCCCUGCCUGCCUAUGGAGCCCUGGACCUUGUCCUGUGUGCCACACUGCCACCUCCCUCCCCACGGAAUCAUCUGGGUUGGGAGGGCUCUGUGAGACCAUGGAAUCCAGCUGCUCCCCCGCAGAAAGGAAAAGAAAGAGAGAAAGA